GCACCUGGCGAAUACGUAGUGAUUCGAUUAUCCAGCGAACGCGAAUCUAUCUCCGCGAACSCUCGCUAUUGUUAACGAUACAUUUUUUUAUCCUGUUUACAAUUAUUUUUAUCCGAAUUUUUAUUUAUUAAUCAAUAUAAUUCGCUAUGGAUAGUAGUGAUGAUCAAGGAAUUGAAGACGUAGAAGCAUUAUCACCAGUAACUAAGAAUACACGAGGAAAAAUUGUUGGUUCACGUGAGCGAUUACGUAUUGUCAAUAUGUACAAGACAAUUAUUAAGGAUAAUCCAAGUAUGUCAAUGAGGCAAAUGAGGGUGAUAAUUGCAAAAACAAUGGGCGUUAGUGAAUCAACAGUACAUAGAACCGUCAGUGAUUACAAGGAAACUAAAACGGUAAUAUCUCCAAAACGCAAGAGAGUAAGAAACCAAAUUACUGAAACGUUCGAUGACUUCGAUCGGAAUGCAGUCCGUAGGCACGUACACAGUAUUUGGCUCCGACGCGAAAUCCCUACGGUUGAUAAAAUUCACAAAGCUGUGUCUGAUGAUAAAGAUUUGCCAACCGUAUCGCGUACUAGUAUGUUUAAAUUAUUGAAGGAAUUAAAAUUCCGUUACGUUAAGAGAGGUCGUAACAGUGCUCUAACAGAAAAAACCGAGUUAAUACUUUGGCGAAGAAGGUACUUGAGAUCAAUACGGAAAUAUCGUGAAGAGGGUCGCCAUGUGUAUUAUUUAGACGAAACCUGGGUGAAUUCUGGUGACUGUCCAAAUUAUGAAUGGCGUGAUACAACAAUAACAACAUCCCACCGAKUCGCAUUCCUAAAGCGAAUGUCGACCGGUUUCGUGAAUCCGUCUGGCAAAGGCACGCGUCUAAUUGUUCUUCAUAUAGGGUCCGAAGAUGGUUUUGUUGACAAUGGAUUAUUGUGUUUUGAAUCCAAGAAGAACUCCCGCGAUUACCACGACGAGAUGAACGGGCAAUUUUACGAGUGGAUGGAAAAUAUUCUACCUCGUCUAAAGGACAACUGCGUUAUUGUUAUGGACAAUGCGUCGUAUCAUUCAGUUAAGUUGGACAAAGCACCGACUGCGUCAACGAAGAAGGCCGAUAUUAUACAGUGGUUGGAGAAUAAAGGGGAAGUGGUGGAUAGRACUAUGAUAAUACGAGAACUUUUAGACAUCGUAAAAAAAAUUAAGCCUCAACAUGAGAAAUUUGUUAUUGAUGAAAUCGCCAAUGCACAAAAUAAAACAAUUUUACGUCUGCCACCUUAUCAUUGCGAGCUUAAUCCAAUUGAACUUGCUUGGUCAUCGAUCAAGAAUCACGUAAAAAUGAACAACACUACAUAUUUUAAACUACCCGAUGUCAAAAAACUUUUAAUAGAAGGCAUAGAAAGAGUAGAUGCAGAUAUGUGGAAGAACUUUAUAAGACACACGAUAACGGAAGAAAAUAGGUUUUGGGAAAUAGAUGACAUUAUGGACGAGGUGUUUGAAGCGCAGAGACAAAAUUUAACUUUAACUAUUACUGGAGAUACGUCAUCUGAUUCAGAGUCUGAUACGGAUUGAACUAUUCUUAUAAUUUGUAAAUAUAUUUGUUU